GAAAACUAAAAAUUACAGAUUUUAGGAGAGACUCAUAUAUAAACGACCGCCUAAAGUUAAAAACUUUUAAAAAAUUUAAUAAAAAUUUCUGUGGUUCCGGUCACCGCAACUCUGUCAUCAUCUUCUUCCUCCUCAUCAUCUACCCAUCUGAAAAUCUGCUCCUCUCCGCAAAAUCUCGAUCUGUAGACCAAAAGGGUGAUUCUUGUUUAUGUUUGUAAAUUGCAAAGAUUCGAUCUUUUUGUGUGUAGAUUUGUGUAUGUGAAGUCAGAUUCAGUUUUUGUCUUUCUGUGAUCUAUUUUGGGAGGAGGGUUUUGUCCCCUCGUCUUUGUUUUGUUAAAUUUAUAUCGAAAGGACCCGACUUUAUCGAGCUUCCUUGUCUCCCAAAAUGGCUGCGUCAGAGAGAUCGAUAAACCCACCAGUCGACAUGUCUUCUUCCUUCCUUCAAAAGUUCAGGCUCUACGAGACUCGCUCGAACUUUUAUAUGAUUGGGAGAGAUAAAAACCGAACCUGUUGGAGGGUUUUAAAGUUAGAUAGGACAGAUCCGACAGAACUCAACUUCUACGAAGAUUCAACGGCUUACACAGAAGCUGAAUGUUUCGAGACUUUGAGAAGGAUACACGAAGGAAACAGAUCUUCUGGUGGUUUGAAAUUUGUCACCACUUGCUAUGGGAUCAUUGGAUUCGUAAGGUUCUUGGGGCCUUAUUACAUGCUGAUAAUCACUAAAAGAAGGAAGCUUGGUGAGAUCUGUGGGCACACAGUUUAUGGUGUAGCGAAGAGCAAGAUUAUUACGAUCCCACAUGCUUCUGUGCUAUCCAAUGUGGCUUAUUCUAAGAACGAGAAAAGGUACAAGAGGCUUCUCUGCACUGUUGAUCUCACAAAGGACUUCUUCUUUAGCUAUUCCUACCACAUCAUGCAUUCACUUCAGAGCAAUCUGUCAAACAAUGUGGAAGGACACACUUACUAUGAAUCAAUGUUCGUCUGGAAUGAUUACUUAACUAGACGGAUUCGGAAUAACGCUAAGGACUGUAUGUGGACAGUUGCCCUUGUAUAUGGUUUCUUCAAACAGGUUAAACUAUCAGUUUCUGAGAAGAACUUUAGAUUGACUCUAAUAUCGCGACGAUCUAGGCAUUAUGCUGGCACAAGAUAUCUGAAACGUGGUGUGAACGAGAAAGGCAGGGUAGCUAAUGAUGUUGAGACAGAACAGAUUGUUUUCGAGGAAGCUCAAGAUGGUAACCCUGUCCGAUUAAGUUCUGUAGUUCAGAACCGUGGUUCGAUUCCUUUGUUCUGGUCUCAGGAGACCUCACGCUUGAACAUCAGACCUGAUAUUAUAUUGUCAGCGAAAGACCCUAGCUACGAGGCAACGAGGCUGCAUUUUGAAAAUCUUGCAAAGAGAUAUGGGAAUCCAAUCAUCAUACUGAACUUGAUAAAGACACGUGAAAAGAGGCCUAGAGAGACUAUUCUGCGUGCAGAGUUUGCAAAUGCUAUUAAAGUUAUAAAUAAAGGAUUAAGCAAGGAGGAGCGUCUAAGGCCUCUUCACUGGGAUCUGAAUAAACACUCCAGAAAAAAGGGCACAAACGUGUUGGCGAUUCUCGACAGGUUGGCUACUUACGCACUGAACUUGACUGGUAUCUUCUACUGUCAGCUAACUUCAGAUGGGUUUCAGAACCAGAAUCAAUCCACCAUGGAGAACAACAUUGGUGAAUGUUCUACUAAUAAUCUUCCUAGUAAAGAUGCAACUGCAUCAGAUUCAGCAGUGGAGAAUGGUAAUGAUAGUAAAGAUGCAAAGGAGGAUCAACUCAAGGAAGCAACCACCAUGCUUCAGAAAGGAAUCCUGAGGACCAACUGCAUAGACUGUUUAGAUCGCACCAACGUUGCUCAGUAUGCAUAUGGUUUGGUAGCAUUUGGGCGUCAACUCCAUGCUUUAGGAAUGACAGAGUCUACUACUAUUGAUUUAGAUAAUCCCCUCGCUGAAGAUUUGAUGGGGAUAUAUGAGACAAUGGGAGAUACGCUUGCGCUUCAGUAUGGAGGAUCUGCAGCACACAACAAGAUAUUUUGUGAAAGGCGUGGUCAAUGGAAAGCAGCCACUCAGUCACAGGAGUUAUUCAGAACUUUACAGCGUUACUACAGUAACGCUUACAUGGAUGCUGAAAAGCAAGACGCCAUUAACUUGUUCUUGGGAUACUUUCAGCCACAGCAAGAUAAGCCAGCGCUGUGGGAAUUGGGUUCUGAUCAGCAUUACAAUGCAGCAAGGUUUCUUGCUAGUUCUGUACCGGAAAACUCAAGGGCUACGAUGAAACGAUCUCUAUCAGAAAGUAGCAUACUUAGCGAGGGAAGUACAGCUGCUAGACAUGGUUUAGCUGAAAAUGAUGAAGAAGGUAAAGGUCUUUCAGAUUCAGCACCAGAGAUCUCAACGUCUGAAACUGCCAUGAUUGCUGCUAGUUUGAGUGCUCCACCACCGACGUUGGAGGAAAUAGGUUUAGAUGAGAUACUUGAAAACGAUUGCUUGUGCAAUGAUGACCAUGGUGACCAAUGUACAUGUUCAGCUUUUGAUAUGGAUUGGGUUUCUUCUUCAGGAAACUCUUGUGAAGAUGAGAGUUACGGAAGAUCCACAGUGGUUAGAUCCUUCGAAACCAUCCCUGAAAGUACAAAAAUAGAGUCAGAAAUCCGUGUGAUUGAAUCUUGUGCCAGCAACACAAAGAAAGAUGAAAUAACUGUGAAUGAAGAAGCCAUUGCUGGGAUUCCUCAAAGUUAUGUGAGGUGGGUGAUGAAUGAAGAAGACGGACAUUUCUGGUGAGACUUAAGCUGUUCAUGAUUUCUACAGGAAGAAGAAAAAAAACAUAUACACCUUUGAGUGCUGAUGAAGAAAGAAACGUAUGAGAAGAAGAAAAAAUAACUGAAAAAAGAAAAACUAACCGCCGCUAAUUUAUUAAUCAACAUUCAAAGAAGAAAAAGGUGAAAAGGUAAACAAGAAAAAAGAAAAGAGAGAGGAGAGGGUAAAACAAACUUGUAUAUAAUUUUACUGAAAGUCAUGAUCGUUGAUGAACAUAACUCAGGAUCUUUUGUUGGUUUUAACUUUUUUUUGACAUUUUAAUUUAUUUGGGGGUGGGGGACUCUGAUUCCGAAUGCAAUAAAACAGAGAGGAUGUUCAUGAAUAGUCUUCUAUAUAAAUUUGUUAGUUGCUAUACAACAGAGUCAAGUUUGCGACAUUUUUGGUCUAUAACGUGUACGUCAAGACACACUGCACUAUCAUAUUAUCAGUCUUUUGUGUAAAUCGACAUCUAAG